AUGUUGGAUAUUUCUUAUAAAUUAAAUGAAAAUCUUCAAUUAAUGACAACAACUAAAACAACAACUAAUUCCCCACCACCCCCACCACCCCAACCAUCAACAUCCUCAAUUAAAAACCGGCAAUAUACAGUCCCCUUUUCUUCUCCAAAAUUAUUUUUAGAAAACAAAAAUCUAUUAUCUCAAUCAAUUUCUUUAAAUCAAAAAACAUUUUUUCCAUUUUUAUCAACAAAUAUCACCCAACAAAGGAAGCCUAAAUUAACAGCUAAAUUAAGUGAUAAAAUAAUUAAAAAUAAAAAACAAAAUGAAAAAGAUGGAGAGGAAGAGGAGGGAGACGAAGAAGUAAUUAGAAGAUUUAGUAUUGCAGAUUUAGCUGAGGCAGCUUUGAGGCAUCAAAGAUAUCAAAAACAAUUGUUUAGAUCUGCUGCUGUUAUUGAAUGUUGUCAACAACAGAAUAACCAGCAAGAAUGCCCUACAGCUAAUUUUUAUAAAUGUUUUUGUGAAGAAAAUAAAUUAAAAACAAACAAUUUACCUUCAACAUUCUCUUCACCCCUUUCUAGAGGGCAUAGUUUGUUGAGACAAAGAAGGCGGUUAUUUAGUCAGUAUCAACAAAAGAGGAAUUGUUCUAGUUCUGGAACACAUCCAAGACCCUCUUCACGUAAUAGUGGAAGCUUUUUUUCUUCGACAGAGGAAAGAUGUAACGGCGACCUCACACAGCCGCCUUCCUCAAUUUUGGUUAAUUCUUCCGGCGGUGUUUGUGAAGGAAAUAAUAAUAAUUAUUUAUUAUCAACUACUACAGAAUUAAAUCUUCCAAAAUCCUUAGAAUGGAGUCCAACAAUUGAAGAAGAAAUUUUAAAUAAAAAUUCGAAUUUAGCCGACCCCCAACAACAAACAAAUCUUUUAUUAUUACAACAAAAACAACAACAAAUUUUGAGGAGAAGACAGUCUGGUUAUGGUAUCUCCAUAACAACGUUUGUUUUUUUAAGUUUUUUUCUUUUCUUUGACAUUUUUUUAAAAAAUUAA